AUGCAAGCCUUUCGCCGGAACGCGGCCUCUGCCCUUCGCAACGCUGCUGCCACCCAGCGCCGCGCAUACACUCCCGGUCCUUACGCCGAGACCGUCAACAACCUUCGCAUCAAUGCCGAUACCAAGGUCCUCUUCCAGGGUUUCACCGGAAAGCAGGGAACUUUCCACGCUGAACAGGCCAUCGCCUACGGUACCAAGGUUGUCGGCGGUACCAACCCCAAGAAGGCCGGUUCUACACAUCUAGACCUCCCAGUUUUCGCCAAUGUUAGCGACGCUGUUAAGGAGACCGGUGCCACUGCUUCCGCCAUCUUCGUUCCUCCUCCUCUCGCUGCCAAGGGUAUCGAGGAGGCCAUCGAGGCCGAAGUGCCUCUGGUCGUCUGUAUCACCGAGGGUAUCCCCCAGCACGACAUGGUUCGUAUUACCGAUAUCCUGAAGACUCAGAACAAGACCCGUCUGGUUGGGCCUAACUGCCCUGGUAUCAUUGCUCCCGGUCAAUGCAAGAUCGGCAUCAUGCCUGGCUUCAUCCACAAGCGUGGCCGCGUCGGUAUUGUUUCUCGUUCUGGUACUCUUACAUACGAGGCCGUGAACCAGACCACUCAGGCUGGCCUCGGUCAAUCUCUCGUUGUUGGUAUUGGUGGUGACCCCUUCUCUGGUACCAACUUCAUUGACUGCCUGCGCAUCUUCCUCGAGGAUGAGGAGACCGAUGGUAUCAUCAUGAUCGGUGAGAUCGGUGGUAGCGCUGAGGAGGACGCUGCCGAGUUCUUCAAGGCCAACAACAAGCACAACAAGCCAGCCGUUGGUUUCAUUGCCGGUAUCAGUGCUCCUCCCGGCCGCCGUAUGGGCCACGCCGGUGCUAUCGUCAGCGGUGGCAAGGGUGGUGCCGACUCCAAGAUCUCUGCUCUUGAGAGCGCUGGUGUUGUCGUUGAGCGUAGCCCGGCUGCUCUUGGCAAGUCGCUGCUCGCCGAAUUCGUCAAGCGAGACUUGGUUUAA